AUGGCUCAGUAUUAUCAAAUAGUUGGGCAAGGACAUUCUUUGACUCUUGAGGAUCUACAAAGAUACUGUCCCAAUAUUAUUGGUUUGGAUGGAAUAAUAGUUAAUCGGGAGGAUCAGCAGUAUGGGCAACAGAGAGUUGUAGUGCAACAAGCAGAUCAACCGAAUGAUAUCAUUGUAAGUGAAGGUGUACAACCUCAGUUAGUUGUUGGAGAUGGCUUACAGUACCCACAACAAUACAUUAUUCGCCAUGAACCUCCUCCUCCACCUCCACGUGCAGAUUUUCAAACCCAACAGCCACAGCAACAGCAGCAACAACCACAACAGACUUUGCAUAGACACCAAGUAUACUACACCUCUGAUUUACCUGUGGAUGCUCAGGUUGUGUUGCAACAGGCCCAACAGAUCAUUGAUGCAUCUUUGAUGCAACAGUCAUCACCUCAACGUCCACAACAUCAACUUGUAAGUCCAGCGCAUGUAUUAUCACAACCUACAGUGAUACACCCAGCACAACAGCCACCGCCUCAACCUCCACCUCCACCACCGGCUCAACAUGGUCAACCUCAAAAUCAACAACAGCAGCAGCAACAAAUUUCAAGGGCCUCUCCUCAACUCCUACAACACUUGCAGCAACAGCAUCAACAACAAAUCCAUUUGCAACAGCUUCAGCAGCAGCAGCAGCAGCUCCAACAUCAGCUACAGCAACAGCACCUACAGCCACAGCAAAUACAACAUCAACAAGUUGUUAUGCAUGCUGCUUACAUCAACCAACAGGGUACACCAACUCGUCAACCUGCGCCACGACUUCUCAAUCAAACCCUCAAUCCUGGUGGCGUCACCUUAGUACGCACGCCAGUUAGAACUGUUAGACCUCGCCGACCCCCUGUGCGGGCAUCGCUAGCGAGCCCGGCCGCCCUCCAAGUUCCUGCUCGACUACUUAACCCACAACAUCAGCAGACGCAAGGCGGCAGCGUGCGCGGCGCGUCGCCGGCGGGCGCGUCGGGGGUGGCGAGCGCGGUGGGGGCGGGGGCGGGCGCGGUGCGCGCGCGCGGCGCUCGGGCGGGCUCGCCGCGCGUGCUCAACCCGCACGCUGCGCACGCGCAGCACCGCCCACCGCGCCCGCGCACGCCGCUCACACAGCAACAUCAUUUAGCGCAACAUGUCAUCAAUCAACAAGUCCACCAGCAGCAAGUUCAUCAACAAAUUAAUCAACUAAAACUCACAACACAGCAACAACAACUUCUCCUCAAUCAACAGAACCAAGGCCUUUCACAGCCUACGCGAAUUAUCACACAACAGGGUACGAUUGUGACACAAGGAUUACAAACACAGAUGCCUCAGCAUACUGUUGUGCAAACUAAUCAGAAUAAUGGACCCCUACCCCAACAGAACACAUUAAACGCGACGGCGCAGAGAGCUUCCCCACAUCCACAAGUACAGCAGCAGCAAGCUAAGAAGGUUGUUGUUCAACCGAAUAAUGCAAGUGAUAUGGACGAUCUCGAAGAAAGUAUUACAGCGGCGAUAGUUCAAAAACAUCCCGUCAGUGAGAAUAUUGGCUCGCCACAGCAGUUUCACACUCCCCCACCUCAGAAUAUCAGACAGAACCCCGCAAGUGCAACUGUCUCACAACAACAUCAAUUAACAUUCAGUCCACAACAUUUUCAACAACAACCACCACCACAACCACAACAACAACAGCAGACGACAUUUGAACAAACUCACAUACAACAUCCACCAACACUUACUCAGUUGUUAAUGGAGUCAGAUAACUCUGAAGAGCAAAGGCAAGUGGUGACAUUCUCUAAUGGUCAGCGAAUAACACUUGCUGAGUAUAAACGAUUGCAUCAACCUGUACGAUCAGCACAGCAACUGGUACAACAGCAGCAGCAACAGCAACAACCUCCACAACAACAACAACAACAACAGCCAAGAGAAACUGCACGUCAAACAUUAGUUCGAAGCAAAGAACAGCCCCGACCUGUCCAACGAGUAUCACCCAUGCAAACUCAGCAGCAGUCAAUUCACUCUGACAACAAUGAAUCAACAAGUGGACCAUCGGAACAAACAUCUGAACCACAGUCUGCAAAAAUGUUAAUAUUUCUUCAAAAUGGAGAGCAGAGACUUAUAACAUUUACUUUACCCAAAGAGAGCUGUACCCUUCAAGAAGUUCUUGAACAGGUUAAUGUUCCAUUUUCGGAAGAUACCCAUAUACAAUGUAUGCAAAACACAAGCAGUGAAAUAGACUACUUUGUCUCAGUGGGUUCUACAACAAGAAUAGAAGAAAUGUUGGAAAAUCAUCCCAUGUUAGUUGGUGAUAUAAGUAGUAGGAGCUCCCCUAGUUUAUUAUCUCAACAACAAAGUAGUGAAAUGUCGACACCAGAAAAAAGUCAAUGUCCUGAAAAUGUAGUUAAUAGUCCAGAAUCUCCAGAGCAGAGAUCGCCACCGCCGCGAUAUGUCGAUGGCAUGUUGGCGGUUUGCAAAUCCUGUGGUUACACUGGAUUUGAUUUCAGUCGUUGCCAAAGGUGUAAAAGAGUAUUUACAGAAGAACCUAAGAGUGUACCCAUAGCUAGUAAAAAAGUGGAACAAAAGAAAAAAGAACCAGAAAAAACAACUUUGGAUAAACAGAUCUCAAGUAGUGAAGGUAUUAAAUUAAAUUUAUUGAAGACAACAGUGAAAACAAUUAACAAUAAAACUCCCUCACAGGACAAAAAACCAGGAAGAGUGAGAAAGCCAAGGGGCAAGCAGCCAGACCCUGAGCCAGUCAUAUUAACACUGAGCUCUGAUGAGGAAGACUCCAACAGUUCCAUGCUCAGUAAUCAGCACGAACAAUUCAUUAACAUCAAAGAGCCUUCUUUAAGUGAGAUCGAAGGUGGAACUCCAGAUAGUGGCAUUGGCUUGGAUCAUAUGGAUGAUGGCAGUAGAGAAGAAAUAAACCCAAGCAUAUUGCAAGGAAUUGUUACUUCACUAAUCUGCCGGACUAUUAGAAUCGGAUCAUAUAGAUAUACACCAAAAGAAAAGGUUUACAUAUCAUCUAAAGGUAUUAAGAUAGUUGCACCCUCUCUAAAAAAUGAAUCGAGAGAGGUGGCACUUCAAAUACAGUUAAAGGAAGUUGUAAGAAUAUUAGUACAUUUUGGAAAAGGAUUACCUGUUAUUUUUUUAUACACUAUGAGUAAAUGUGGGGUAUAUAUAAGAAAAGCAUUAGAUAUGACUGAAGAAUCAGGCCCAUAUUACAAUCCCAUGUCAAAUAUAGAUCCUUUUAAAAGAAUUACACUUUUACUUGAAUCUAUAUCAGAUGAAGAAAAAAUAGCCUUAAAAGCCUUAUUUGGUAAAGUAAUGGAUGAACUUAAUACUCGUGAAGCUAAUGAUAUUUUAGUCAGGACAUGUCCUAAAGAUAGUAGUAAUGUUACAAAAAUUACAACUAGGUCUAUAAGUGCUUCUAAUUCAUCCGGAGCUAAAAGUGCUAACCCUGCCGAAAUAAGGCAGAUCUUGAUUUAUCCGCCCGGUAAAGGAGGUAUACCUAUUAAUACAGAAGACUACAUGUGCCUAGCUCAAGAUCAGUUUUUGAACGAUGUUAUCAUAGAUUUUUAUUUAAAAUAUUUAGUUCACGAUAUAUUAACACAUGGUCAGAGAGAAAAGACUCAUAUUUUUAGCACAUUUUUUUAUAAAAGGCUAACAACCAAACCAAGUAAAGUUAAUAAAUGUUCUAACCCACAUGAAUGGGACAGUAGCCUGACACCUGCACAAAAGCGGCAUGCGAGAGUGAAAACUUGGACAAAAAAUGUUAACAUUUUUGAAAAAGACUUUAUUGUAGUUCCUAUUAAUGAAAACUGCCAUUGGUUUGUGGCAAUCAUUUGUUUUCCCAGUUUGGAUGGUUGUAGAAGUAUGAUUGAUAAUAGAACUGUCACUCCUCAAGAAAUAAAAAAAAGAGAACGACGGUCUUCAAUACAAAUAGGAAAUACGACAAUCACCCCUUUAACAAAGCAAGAACAACUUACAUUAAGUUGUGACUCGGAUAAUCUUAGUGAGAGGGAUGAAGCUGAAGCAGAUGAAAGUGAUUUAGAUAUGCAAUGUGAUUCAGAUGAAGAAGAUGUUGAGAGAAAUGAAAAAAGAGUUGAACCUCAACCUAUAGGCAAAAAUGAACCUAUUAAACAACCUUGUAUAUUAAUUUUCGAUUCGUUAGCUGGUGCAUCUAGAUCUAGAGUGGUUGCAACUCUGCGUGACUACCUCACAUGUGAAUAUCAAGCUAAAAUAUGUAAAAGUAAAGUUUUUAACAAAGACAAUAUGAAAGGAAGCUGUCCAAAAAUACCUCAACAAAAUAAUUUUACAGACUGUGGAUUAUACUUGUUGCAAUAUGAUCCUAUUUUGGAUUAUUCUUUGCCUAUAAAGCAGCUGGUUCACUGGUUUGAUGAAAUUGUUGUGACACGGAAGCGAGAGGAAAUUUCGAACCUGUUAAAAUCAUUAAUGCACAGAUUUAAUCCAGAAUCACAUCUGACUUUACCAGAUAUUACAUUCCCGACAUUAAAUGGUAAAUUAAUAGAAUCGGAAGAACAGCAAGAUGAAACUUCUGAUGGUGAUAAAGCAAAUUCUAGUAAAAUGCUGAAAGGAGAUGGAAAGGAGUCCGAAGGACCAACACUCACCUUUGUUAAACAAAUGCCAACUGGUGAUAUAUUAGUGAAACGUAAUUUUUCAGAUUCAUCUGACACAAUCCAUUUAAGAAAAACUAUAAGGUUGUCUAGUGAUUCUGAAAAUAGAUCCGUUGUUUCAAUAAAGCAAGAAUUCAUAAAGAAAGUUGAAAAUGAAAAUCAAAUUCUUAUACCUAUUAAGUUACAUACAAGUGAUUUGGUUAAAGACAUUCAAAACACAUUAAUAGUUAAUAAAAAUAAAUCUAUGAGUGAAAAAAAACAUGGUGUACAUAAUCAGAACGUAUCUAGUGUGAACUGCAUUCGUCAGAAUGUAAGUGAUAGUGACAGCAACUCCUUUCUUAAAGCAAGAAGGAUAAACAAACUUGAAGAUGUAGUGAAUGAAUCAAACAAAAAGUUUAAACGGAAUGAAUGUUAA